AUGAAUGUCUCCUUUUUCGAUGUUACCCAAGGCGCGCUGUUUAACGGCAGUCAGACCCUCGCCGGAACUCUGGCGACGUACUCCGGCAAUGGCACCGACAACGUGGUGACCGGCGACGGCGGAGGGUCCCUAGUGCUGCUGCAAGACGAGCGCAAGCUAUUUGUCAUGCGUGUGGUGCAAAUCGCGGUGCUGUGCGUUCUGUCGCUCACCGUCGUAUUCGGUAUAUUUUUCCUCGGGUGCAACCUGAUGAUCAAAUCGGAAAGCAUGAUUAACUUCCUGGUGAAGGACCGGAGACCCUCCAAAGACGUGGAGACGGUCAUGAUCGGGCUGAGCUAG